AUCACCCACCUGAGAGCCGCCCGCAGCAGCCCCGCGGGCCAUCUGAAGAGCCCGGCUGGUCCUGGAAGAGCCUGACCUGCGUGUCGUUCAGAGAGACUGGGAGAGGAGCAGAGCUGGUGAAGGGAAGAGGCACCAUGUGGGACUUUACUGAGCUGACCCUCCUGACGGCUUGCCUGACUGCAGUGGCCCUGGCUCAAGGACCCAUCUGGAACAGCUCACUGCUCAGGAAGUGGAGCAACUCAGACAGGAACAGGAAGCUGGCGUACAACACACUGACAGACUCGCAGACUACAGGCGUGACGGAAUGGACUUCCUGGUUCAACAUCGACCACCCCGGGGGAAACGGAGACUAUGAGAGGCUGGAGGCCAUCCGCUUCUACUACAGGGAGAGGGUGUGCACCAGGCCGGUGGCCAUGGAGGCCCGCACCACCGACUGGGUCGACGCGUCCGACACCGGAGAGGUGGUGCACUCCAGCCUGGAGAAGGGCUUCUGGUGCGUCAACAAGGAGCAGCCGUACGGACGCAUCUGCUCCAACUACCACGUCCGUUUCCAGUGCCCUCCUGUCCAGGCCUACUGGACGGACUGGGGGGCGUGGGGCCCUUGUUCAGUGACCGCCUGCAGCGACGUGGGGGUCCAGGUCCGGAAGAGGACGUGUCAGAGCGCCCAGCCUCUCCCCCCGCUGCUGGCCCCGCCCUGCCAGGGCCACCACUCAGAGAGGAGGGAGUGUGCCACACCCCCGUGCCGAGCCGAGUGGAGCCCGUGGGGUCCCUGGGGAGCGUGCUCCGUGACCUGCGGCAAGGGGCGCAGGAUCCGGAGGAGAACCUGUGAGAGAACCUCAGAGAACGUGCAUUGUGCUGGCCGACCCGUGGAAUUAAGGAAAUGUGGGAAAACAGCAUGUCCAGCAAAGUGCAAGCGUGUGUGUAGCGAAGGCCAGCCCAGCAAGGACUGCAGCCGGUGUGUGUGUCAGGGCCACACCCUUCAGGGGGAGGUCUUCACCCUGACAGGGGUUCCCGUGGCGGGGGCACGGGUGGCGUUGGCCAGCCAACCGAAGAUCAUCCGAGCCCGGACGGACGCCGCGGGCGUCUUCAGACUGCCGGGCACCUGCUCGUCCUCGCCCACCCUCCUCUCCAUCAGGAAGGAGAAGUUUUCUCCCGUGACCAUCUCCUCCUCCAGCAACACGACGGGGACUUCCUGGAUACGGGCUGUUCUCAAGUCUGCCGAGAAGCCGUACAUGGUGAAACACCCGGAGGACAAAGUACGCUACGAGGGCCAGCGCGUGCUGUUGUGUUGCAAGGCCACGGGAUUGCCGGCGCCUGACAAAUACUACUGGUACCACAACGGAACUCUGCUGGACAGGAAGGAGUAUAAGUAUGAAGAGGACCUGGUGCUGAGGGAUCUGAAGCCAGAGCAGAGUGGACGUUACCACUGCAAGGCCAGCAGCCUGACAGGCAGCAUCAAGUCCUCGCCAGCCCUCCUGACCGUGGUCGCCAAAGGGACACCAGCCUGCAAGUCCACCCCUGAGAGCCACCUCAUCCGGUUGCCCAUGGACUGCACCCAGCCUGGGACCGACUCAAAGCUAUACGACGCCGGACGUUGCCUACACAACAAGUGCGCCGGUUCCCUGGACUUUGACCUGCGCUGCAGGGACACGGGCAGCUUCUGCUGCGGGGUCCAGAGCAUGGAGAGCCGCGUCGUCAACUGCGGGACCUACAGCCUGCCCAUCCGUGCCGUGACGGCGUGCGGCUGCCAUAAAUGCGUGGAGCCUAAGGUGCUGGUGAGAGGCAGGGUGGUCGCCGCCGACAACAACGAACCCCUGCGCUUUGGACACAUCUACAUCGGCAAGGAGAGAGUGGGCACCACGGGAUACCAAGGAGGCUUCACCCUCAAUGUCACCCCAGACACGGAGAGACUGGUGGUGAACUUUGUGGACCCCACGGAGAAGUUCAUCGACACCCUGAAGGUGUUCAUCUUCGACAAGAGGGGAGGCUCGGUCUACCAUGAUGUGAAAGUGAUGAGAAAGAAAGAGCCCAUUGACAUCAACGCCAGGGAAACCAACAUCAUCGACCUGGGAGAGAUUAAAGGAGAGGACCCCAUCGGGCAGAUCGUCAUACCUCCUAACUCCUUUCACAGGGACAGUGGCGAGGUGUAUGAAGGUACAGUGAAGGCCAGCGUCACGUUCAUCGAUCCCCGAAACAUCACGACGGCGUCCGCCGCUCCAGGAGACCUGAACUUCGUGGACGACGAGGGCGACAUGCUUCCGCUGAGGACGUACGGAAUGUUCUCCGUCGACUUCCGAGACGAGACCAAUAAGGAAGUGCUCGGCGCCGGGGCGGUCCAAGUCCUGUUGGACACCCAGCACAUCAAAAUGGAGGAGCACAUCCCCAAAAUGAAGCUGUGGUCCCUCAACCCGGACACGGGCAUCUGGGAGGAGGAGAGCGACUUCCACUACACCCAGAGGACGUCCGGGGGCCAUGGCAGGAGCAAGAGGGAGGAACGCACCUUCCUCAUAGGCAACAUGGAGAUCAGGGAGCGUCGCCUGUUCAACCUGGACGUGCCCGAGAACCGGCGCUGCUACGUCAAAGUGAGGGCGUACAUGAGCGACAAGUUCCUGCCCACGGAGCAGCUGGAGGGAGUGGUCAUCAGCCUGAUCAACCUGGAGCCCAAGCCUGGGUACUCCUCCAACCCUAGGGCCUGGGGCCGCUUCGACAGCGUGAUAACCGGACCCAACGGAGCCUGCUUGCCGGCCUUCUGCGACGCCCAGAGGCCGGACGCCUACACGGCUUACGUCACGGGGAUCAUGGGGGGAGAAGAGCUGGAGGCGGCUCCGUCGUCCCCCAAGAUGAAUCCCAACAUCAUCGGCGUUUCUCAGCCAUACUUGGAUAAGAUGGACUACCAGCGAUCCGAUCACGAGGAUCACAACCUGAAGAAAACGGCCUUCAGGAUCAACUUGGCCAAACCGAACCCUAACAACAUCGAGGAGAACAACGGUCCGAUAUACCCCUACCAGAGUUUAAUCGCCUGCGAAAACGCCCCGGUGGACGCCAACCAUUUCCGAUUCUUCCGGGUGGAGAAAGAUAAGUACGAGUACAACGUGGUUCCCUUCCAGGAGAACGACCUCACCACCUGGACGGGGGACUACCUCUCCUGGUGGCCCAACCCCCAGGAGUUCCGAGCCUGCUUCAUCAAGGUCAAGAUCCUCGGCCGAAAGGAAGUGAUGGUGCGAUCGAAGAACACGGGGGGGACGCACCCGCAGACAACGGGGCAGCUCUACGGCAUUAGGGACAUCCGCAGCACCCGCGACAUGAGGGAGGCGAACACCUCGGCGGCCUGCCUGGAGUUUAAGUGCAGCGGCAUGCUGUUCGACCAGGCGACCGUGGACCGAUCCCUGAUAUCGGUCCUGCCUCAGGGGAACUGUCGCAGGGUCGGCAUCAACAACCUCCUGGGGGAAUACCUGAGUAAACAUCCUCCUGUCGUCCAGAACAACGAGUCGCAUGCUUUCAACAUGUUGGCCCCCAUGGACCCGCUGGGCCACAACUACGGCAUCUACACCGUCACCGAUCAGAACCCCCGAGUGGCCAAGGAAAUCGCCAUCGGACGCUGCUUCGACGGGACGUCCGACGGUUUCUCCAGGGAGAUGAAAUCGGACUCGGGGGUGGCCUUGACCUACAGCUGCCCGGAGAGGGCGGUGAGCAGGGAGAGCCUGUUCCAGCGUUUACAGACCAACCCGGGCCAGACCCUGUCCCAGAUGGCCAGGGAUAUGAGGGAGUCGGAGGGGCUGCAGGUGAGGAGAGGGUCCGCCCAGGUGGUAGCCUUCCCCUCGGAGCAGCAGGGCCGGACCCAGAGCAGGAGAGUUGUCUCUUCUGCAACCAGGAGGAGAUCCAACAUGAGGAAUCAGAGACGACAGUAGAGCUGCCCCCCCCCCCCCCCACAAAGAAGAAGAGAUGAUUGACACAGAGAGGAUCCUGAGGAAUAAAAGGAAGAAGAUGAGGUCCUCACAAAAGACAAGGGCGAACAUGUUCACUUGGGUCAGUCUGGUGAUGCUGAAAAUGAACUCAGAACAGUACUCUAUAAAAACAGACAAAUGUCCAGCAAAACGAACCAGAGAAGAUAAAAAGGCAGACAUUUCUUUUCUCUGAGGCUUACUUGAAAGGGUUUGGCAAUAAUCUCAGUAUAAUUUUUUGUUGUUGUUGUGAAAACCCUAACUUUAGACAUGUAUCAGUCCUGCAAUGGACAUUUAUUUUAUUGGCAUUGAUGUGAUUUUCUGAAAGAUAUGAUUGAACCAGUUUCCAGUUUUAUCUUCAGAUUUGUUGCCUUCCACAUUCCCCAGUCUUUACGUCUCUGAAAUGUCUCAUUUGAAAACAAACAUGACUGUAAACACACCCCAAUCCCUAAACACUUCUUAAUUGUCCAAAGCUUUCCUAUUAACCUAUGGUUCCCCUUAAAAUCAGAGAGGGGAGUGCAUGAGGUCAUUGUUGUCUGUUUGUAACAGACACUGAGCCUUUUUCUAGAAACUGGAAGUCAUCUAUUAUCAUGACUUCAUCUAGUAUUUUUAAGAGGACGUGGUAGGGUGCUUGGAAUUACGACGUCUGUGGGACGGAGGACGAUUCUUAGAAUCUUGUAUCUAGUUUUUUUCUUUCUUUCACUAACCUAACUGCAACAUGCAGCAGUGCCAGUGCCAAGACAAGCAUGCCUUAACAAAGCGGAUCCGACCAGUAGACCAAACAGACCGUGCAGCAUGGGACCUGGGGAUGAGAGGAGAAUGGGAGGGAUGACACAUUUCCCUCCCGUCUUCUCAUCCCACAUUAGCCGUCAAUGUCCUCAUCCGACAUACUUCUCUGCCCCUUGCCAGCUCCCCACCAGCUGAGGUGCUGUCAACUGUCGGCAUGCAAUCGUAAAACAAAUGAGCUGACCAUCUUUCUGAGACCUGUUUUUUUUUUUUUUGGCGAGGCUACCUGUCUUUAUCACCUGAAGUGCAAUAACUAUGUUUCAUUUAGACUUGAGAACCCUUGCGAAUAACCCUGUGAUAAGCCGACCCACUGCACAAAGAUUUCUAAUGGUGUUUCAGACAAUACCCUUGGUUUGUUUGACUGUGGUACUAAGCGAUUUCGAAAGGGAGCUUGUACAGGAUUCAUCUGCAUUUUAAACAUAGUGAAGAGCAAUUAUUUAAAUGCUGAGUAAUCUUUUUUCAAAAUUCAUACCACAUACUUGUAGUACCUUCAUGUCUCUUUGCAAAUAAUUAUAGCAUUUUCAUAUCUUCCUGCAUGACUUAUUAUCUUUCACAGUAACUUCAUCAAGGUGUGUUUUGACCCAAGUCACAAAACAAAAGAAUAUAUUUUCAACAGAACAAUUUCAAUUGAACAGCAUAUCUUCAAGUCACAGGCAGAGCUAACCAUCACCCCAUUGAGGAUCACCCCAGUUUCACCAACACAACACUGUACUCAUUUCCACUAGGGAGUCGGGUGGCUGAGCGGUUAAGGAAUUGGGCUAGUAAUCAGAAGGUUGCAGGUUCGAUUCCCUAUUCCUGUGCCAAAUGACGUUGUGUCUUUGGGCAAGGCACUUCACCUUACUUGCCUUGGGUGGAAUGUCCCUGUACUUACUGUCAGUCGCUCUGGAUAAGAGCGUCUGCUAAAUGACUAAAUGUCACUUCCUGACUAACUGAAGGCAAAUCAUUUUCUAGAACCAAUUAUAAAAUAUGCCAUGCUCCCCUCACAACAUAUGGGGUUUAGACAUUCCCCUGUGUCCUGCUUUGGCAUAGCAGUAAAUAGUGUGAUGACGUCUCAAAACAAAAAAUAUUUAAUUUAAGUCAGUGAAUUGAAGGAACCCUUUCCCUUUGGUAACUUGUUUAUCUUCAUAGUGAGUGAUUCUGUGUCUCUCCAAACCAGUGGAGAACCCAUCAAGCUAAACUAAUUCCUAGUCCAGUGAGGGCUUGUCGUCCCUGGAGGAAACCAACAGGGCUGGCAAGUAAUCAUAAGCACAGCCUUAAUUAAGAAAGAAAUUACGAAUACACUUGAGGGUGUUGACCGUGAUUUUCAUAAACAGCCAAACAAGUUCAUUUACAGGAUAAUAUGGAGCCUAAUUCAAACCUUUGAGGUCUGCAUCCAAGAUUCAAAACAGCUCCUAGUGAUGCCCCAAGGUAAAAUCUGAAUAAUUUCCCAGGUGUUUUCAAUAAAACCUCAAGGUAUUUGAUAAAUGACACCGAACCAAUUAGGAGUCUCAUUUGAUUCAACUUUGUUGAUAUAGCAUCAGCCAAAACUGUAUGCUGUGAAAUAGACACACACUCGGAUCUUAGAUGUCAUGAAUAACCAUACAGUAUUUAUAAGUCAACAAACAGUUAUGGGGCCUCUGACAACACAUUUGGACAUGAUGGUUCGUGGACCUCUGGCCAUUAUCAGUGACCUAUCCAAUCACGGAGCUGUUAGGAGCUCCAUGAGAUCACGUUCAGCCAGAUAAAGACAAAUAUCAUCUUGGUGCAGAUCAGUGCUCCCAGCUGAAGGAAACAUGGCUAUAAUUGGGCACACGUGUUUGAAAGAUAAGUCACGUCAGGGAGCCCUAUCGUCUGAGGUGCAGCCUGGGAGCGGUGGUAGGACCAGAGGACAUGUGGCACAGUAGCCAUCCAGGGGAGCGCUCUGCGAUGGAGAAGGGGAGAGAUUACACCGUGAUGGAUUCUGGUCAUUAGAAGGAUCUCUUUGAGGAGGGAGCAAGGGAGAAUGUAGACGUGGACUUUGGCCCCGUAGUCCAUCAGUGGUCGGCUGAGGGCUUUGAAAGUGGUCUCAUGUGGAGGCGAUGCAGUGUUGAUGGGGAAGGAUACUCACAGACUCAUGGUGAAGAAUACGGGGGGGGGGGGGGGGGGUGGAAGGACGAAAGACAGGCUCAACACAAAUGGCCAAUGUUACAUUAGCGAUCGCUUGACAAAAAUGAUCGAGCUUUAGCAAAUAUUUUCCUUGUCUUCUAAGGAAUUUCAAAAAGGAUGGCAGAACUGUAAAGUAAAGUAAACGCUUUGUUGAUUUUGAUGGGUUUGAAGAUGCUAGAUGUUUCCUUGCUCAUUACAAUCAAAAGAGAAGCAUGUGAGCCCAUGCAAGUUUCACAUUUCCUCAUUCAAAUACGGAUAAUUUGUUGGAAGAGCAAACAAAUAUGAAACAUGUGGCUGAAAUGUGUUUGUCUUAUGGAAUAUACGGAACACAUUCUUCUUUAUGGUGCCAAAAAGGGUAGAAACAGAUAUCUUAAAAUAUUGAAUCCAUUAAUAAAAAUACCUAAUGAGAGGCUGUGAUGCAGACCAACAGAAUUUGACUCCUCGGUUAAAUCCUUUUGGUUAAUUCAUGUUCACCUGCUUCCUGUACAAUUCAACCCUCUGCUGACUGACACAGUGCACAACUGGCCUACAGUCUGGUUGUGGAGUCAGUGUCUUCGGCCUGACUGGAGGUGGACGGCCUGUCCUGCACACUCUGUCUGGUCUCAGGGAGACUAUAACUUAUUCAGGAAUAUCCUCAGGCAAGGCCAUCGUUGGGUCUCAUCAUCUUGUCUGGAUGGUAAAGAAAUGGUUAUAGAGUUGCCAUUGUGCUCUGAAAGAUAUCCUGGGCCCACAGAAACAUUCAAAUUCAAAUUCUCAGGAUUCAAAUCCUGAGAAUUCUCUGUACAUCAUUAUGUAACAUUGUGUACUGCAUGGGGUUGCCCAUCUCCUAACUAUUCCAACCGUUUUUAUGUGUAAAUGGUGUAUUGUAUGGAAUCUAUUAUCAAAUGUAUUAUGAACUGUAAAUAAACUUUUGCUUGUGUA